UUAGUUGCUUCUCCUAACGUCCCCGCCCUCCUGUCAGUGGCUCCUCCUCUUCCGCUCCCUCCAGAAGCUUCCAGACUGCUGUGUUGCUGGCUCUACCCGUGAACAAUGCUCGGACAGCAGGUCUUAGUUCUCAAUCAGAACGUCAAGAGAGAAUCUGGACGAAAGGUCCAGAUUGGAAACAUCACUGCUGCCAAGACCAUAGCAGAUGUGAUCCGGACCUGCCUCGGCCCACGGGCCAUGAUGAAGAUGCUGCUGGACCCCACAGGAGGAAUCGUGAUGACCAACGAUGGGAACACCAUCCUCAGAGAGCUCCAGGUCCAGCAUCCGGCCGCCAAGUCCAUGAUAGAGAUCAGCAGGACUCAGGAUGAGGAGGUUGGAGACGGGACCACGUCCGUCAUCAUCCUGGCUGGGGAGAUGUUGUCUGUAGCAGAGCAGUUCCUGGAGCAGCAGAUGCAUCCGACCGUCAUCAUCGGUGCCUACAGACAGGCUCUGGAGGACAUGCUGGAGGCUCUGAGGGAGGUCAGUGUCCCGGUGGACGUCUCCGACCGCUCCAUGAUGCUGAAGAUCGUCCACUCUGCCAUCAACACCAAAGCUCUGAGCCGCUGGUCAGAUCUGGCCUGUAACAUCGUCCUGGACGCCGUCAAGACGGUGGAGCUGGAGGAGAACGGACGCAAGGAGAUCGACAUCAAGAAGUACGCCAAGGUGGAGAAGGUUCCAGGUGGAAUCAUCGAAGACUCGUGCGUCCUCAAAGGAGUCAUGGUCAACAAGGACGUGACUCACCCACGGAUGAGACGCAGCAUCAAAGAGCCGAGGAUCGUCCUUCUGGACUGUUCUCUGGAGUACAAGAAAGGAGAGAGUCAGACUGACAUCGAGAUCAGUAAGGAGGACGACUUUGCUCGAAUCCUGCAGAUGGAGGAGGAGUACAUCCAGCAGAUCUGUGAGGACAUCAUCCGUAUCAAACCUGACCUGAUCUUCACAGAGAAGGGCAUCUCAGAUCUGGCUCAGCACUACCUGGUAAAGGCCAACAUCACAGCCAUCCGCCGCGUCAGGAAGACUGACAACAACCGCAUCGCCAGGGCGUGCGGUGCUCGUAUCGUCAGUCGGACCGAUGAGCUUCGUGAAGAAGACGUGGGCACGGGCGCUGGUCUGUUUGAGGUGAAGAAGAUCGGUGAUGAGUACUUCACCUUCAUCACUGAGUGCAAAGAUCCUAAAGCCUGCACCAUCCUGCUGAGAGGACCCAGCAAGGAGAUCCUGGCGGAGGUGGACAGGAACCUUCAGGAUGGCAUGCAGGUUUGUCGUAAUGUGCUGCUGGACCCCUAUCUGCUGCCAGGAGGUGGCGCUGUAGAGAUGGCCGUGUCUAAGCGUCUAACGGAGCGCUCCCGCGCUCUGACCGGAGUCGAACAGUGGCCGUACCGCGCCGUGGCCCAGGCUCUGGAGGUCAUCCCCAGAACCUUGAUUCAGAACUGCGGAGCGUCGGCCAUCAGAGUUCUGACCUCGCUCAGGGCAAAGCACACGCAGGAGAACAGCGCCUCCUGGGGGGUGGAUGGAGAAACUGGAUCUCUGUGUGACAUGGCAGCUCUGGGAAUCUGGGAACCUCUGGCCGUCAAGGCCCAGACCUACAAGACCGCCGUGGAGACGGCCAUUCUGUUGCUGCGCAUCGACGACAUCGUCUCUGGUCACAAGAAGAAAGACAAGGAGCAGGGAGGUGGAGCAGGAGGUGGAGCAGGAGCAGAGUAGAGUCUCCGUCACUGACUCCUCCAGUCUGUGUAUGUGUGUGUGUGUGUGAGAGACAGAGAGAGUGGGGACCAGAUGGUGAUAAAGUAUAAUAAAAGUUGGAACCUGACCUUUGACCUCCUGUGGUGAUCUUCAGUGCAGUGUCAGUGUCAUGUGACUUUCAUUCAAAAUCCUUGACAUUUUCUUUUCCUGUUCUUUCAAAAUAAAGGCGCUGUUUGUUUUUUAUUGUAAUAAACCUCAAACUGAC